AUGUUCCUCUUCCUGAUAUAUGUUGCCUUAGCGCGCGUCACAAAUGCGCAACACGUUUUCGCCCAUUUUAUGGCCAGUCUUUUAGACUCUCCGGCUGCACAACACUCGUAUUCAUAUGCCGAAAGUGAUUGGACGAAUGAAAUGACAACAGCUCAGAACAUUGGCAUCGAUGGCUUUGCAUUGAACAUCGGCGCAAAUGACUAUGAAGUUGACAGGAUUGUUGAUGCAUAUGCAGCUGCAGAAUCUUUAGGCUUCAAGCUCUUCUAUUCCUUUGAUAUGACAGACACUUGGAAGCAGAGUGACAUGGUCAAUAUCGUCGCCAAUCACUCGUCAAGUCCAAGUACAUUUCUCUGGAAUAACACUAUACUUGUAUCAACAUACUCAGGGGAGAGUUACGGAGAAGACUUCUGGGCUGGCUUCAAGAGCGCACUUCAGAGCCAAGGCAUCCACAUCACACUUGCACCUGCGUUCACAACUUACCGUGACCCUUCGAGUGCUGCUUCACUCGUAUCUACGUUCCCCUCAAUUGAUGGGUUUUUCAAUUGGUGGUCCUGGCCUGCCGAUGUUGGUGCAAAUUUAACGACAGCCACGGAUUUGGCCUACCAAGCAGCCGUCUCAUCGCUCAGUGGACCGUAUAUCAUGUCUGUCUCGCCUUGGCAGUUUAAGAACUUCGGUGGCGCUAGCGAUUGGGUACAAUACAGUGAUACUCUCUGGAACUACCGCUGGCAGCAAGCCGUGAAUGACGUGAAACCCGACAUCGUUGAAAUCAUAAGUUGGAACGAUUAUGCCGAGUCUCAUUAUAUUGGGGAUAUCAAUCCAAAAGUGUACCUUGGGACACAAGCCCCACUUUACGUCGAUGGUUUCAUACAUGCUGCUUGGCGAGAUGUAGCUCAAUACUAUAUCUCAUGGUUCAAGACCGGUUCUGCACCGAUUAUUACAAAAGAUGAAGUCGUCUUCUGGUAUCGUGCAUGGCCCAAAGCCAUCAAAUGCAGUACCGGAACCCUACCACGCAAUGCUGCAUACCCUGAGGAUGCCGUUUUUGCACUCGCGAUGCUCAAAGACACCGCAACUAUCACACUUGCCAUAGGUAGCAACACAGUAAAUUUCACCGCCGGUCCGGGUGUGACCAUGGGUUCUGUAUCGUUCGCUCCAGAGGAUUCACAAGUUCCCUAUAUCGCGAUCAGCAGAAAUGGCGCAACAGUUGCCGACACCCAUGGAUCGAUGUAUGUGAAUCACAGUGGAUGUACGUACUACAAUUUCAAUCCUUUCGUUGGGAGCAUCGCCGAGUGA